UCAAGAAUUAUUUACUCAACAUUUCAAUGAUUCACUAGAUAUGUUUUACCAGUGCUUUAAAUUUAUAGUCUGUUUUUGGAAAAUCACAGUAAGAUCUAAUCAUAUAUAAUGUUCCUAACGAUAUCGUUAAGUUUAAUUUUCCUGCUAUUUAUAUUACACUGUUUAAUAAGAUAUGGUAGAGUAAGAAAAAUACUUCACCAUAUUCCAGGACCAAAAGCAUAUCCCAUAAUAGGAAAUAUGUAUCAUCUUCAAGUUAAUAAUGAACAUAUACUCAAAAAAUUAUGGAAAAUGAAUGAAAAAUUUUAUCCAAUCUAUAACAUAUGGACAUUUUUUAUUUCGAUAGUAAUCAUACUUCAACCAGAAGAUGUGGAAGUACUCUUGAAGUCCACAAAACAUAUGGAAAAAAAUACUCCUUACAAAUACCUACAGCCAUGGCUCUCUACUGGAUUACUGACUAGUGCAGGGACUAAGUGGCAAAACAGGCGAAAGAUAUUGACACCUGCUUUCCAUUUCAAUAUUCUUGAACAUUUUGUCGUUGUUUUUAAUGAGGAAACGCGAUCUCUUGUAAAAUUUUUAAAAGAGGAAAGAAAAGGAGCUGCUGUCGUCAAAAACGUGCAACAACUUAUAAGGAAACAUGCAUUAAACAUGAUAUGCGAAACUGCUCUGGGCAUACGUUUGGAUGAAAUGGGUGAAAUGGAAUCUAAAUAUCGUGAUGCCGUUCACACUUUUGGCAAAAUAGUGUCCUAUAGGAUAGUAAGACCAUGGUAUCACUUCGACGCUAUAUUUGCAUUCUCUUCGUACGGUCGUCUACAAAAGAAACUGAUAAAAACGUUACACGAUUUUUCGAAAAAGAUAAUUGCAGAAAGGAAAAAUUUCCACGAAGAUACAAACUGGAAAUAUUUACAAAAUGUUACAAACAUGAAUGAGAAUGGCAUUUUAUCCAAAGAAUCAAACGAUAACAAUAAUUAUACGAAGAAAAGACUUGCUUUGUUAGAUCUACUUAUUGCCAGUUCUCUAAACGAUAAUCAAAUCGAUGAGAAAGGAAUUCAAGAAGAAGUCGAUACUUUCAUGUUCGCGGGUCAUGACACUACAGCAUCAGCGUUGUCCUUUGCUUUGUCUCUUUUUGCAAAACACAAAGAUGUUCAGGAACGUAUAAGAGAGGAAGUGAACACGAUUAUGAAAGAAGAAAAUAACGAACUGACGAUUUUGGAACUACAAAAAUUGUCGUACUUGGAGAUGUGUAUAAAAGAAUCACUUCGUUUAUAUCCAAGCGUUCAUGCUAUAUUUCGUCACAUAUCUCAGGAUUUACAGCUGAAAAAUUAUUUAAUCCCAACUGGUGCGAUCUGUCAUGUAAACAUUCAUAGUAUACACAGAAAUCCAAAAUAUUGGCCAAAUCCUAAUGUUUUCAAUCCUGAUAGAUUCUUACCGGAAAAUAUGAAAGGACGUAAUCUUUACUCGUAUAUACCAUUUAGUGCAGGUUCAAGAAACUGUAUCGGUCAAAAAUACGCUAUGCUCGAACUUAAAAUAAUGGUAGCUCAUAUAUUGCACAAUUUUUAUGUGGAAUCGGUUGAUGAACUUGAUGAUGUACAAAUGAUAGGAGAUCUUACUCUGCAUCCGUUCAAACCACUUCGACUAAAAUUUACACCUAUAAAACAGAAUGAAUCGUAUAUGAUUUAGUUGUGAUUGGUAAUAAUCUCUUGUUAAGUAUAUAAUAUGUUGGACCAAUUCGUUAAAUUUAUUUAAACGUUAAACGUAUUAAAAUAAUGUAUAAUAGGUAUAUUUCUACUAUGUACCAUUUAAUAUGAAAUAUAUAUUUUAUAAAUUAA